CGUUAAUCUCGAGCAUAUCACCAUCCCCUCUUUCUCUCUCUUCUACUCUCUUAUAAUCUUUUAUCCAUUCUCUCUCUUCUCGCAAUAGCUACGAAAAGCUAAACCCUUUCUUCUUCUUCUGCUGCUGUCUUUGUAGUUCGAUUGUUUAGAUUACUUGGGUCAAACCCAAGUUUGCUUCUUUCUUUCUAUAAUUCAUCAAGUCCAGAUCUUGCUUUCCGGGACCAGAAACGAUUCAAGCGCUUCGUUCAUGAUAUAAAGUUACCACCUUUAUUUGCUUCUGGGUCAUGCUUUUGUCUGCUUUUCGACUUUUGCUUUUGUCUGGAUCAUUCAUAGUCUCUGAGAUCUAGUAACAAGAGAUCCAGAAGCAAUACGAGAGAGAUGGACUCCGAAGCCUGAGAAAGAAAGAGAGAGAGAGAAAAAAUAUUUGCAAGAAUCGUUAUUUUUGGAUUCUCAUGGAAAAUCUCAGUUAUUCUCGGUAUCGAAGCCGGUCUUCUUCAUUACCUAAGAAACCUUACAGUGGCAACAACGCCGAUGGAGGUUUUAGCUACAACUCCGGCAAAACAACAACUACAUACGACGACGUUUUCGGUGGUCCUCCUUGGUUCGGAGCUCCCACGUUAUCUCCUCGUCUCGAAGACUAUUGUGAGAUUUUCUCCGGAUUCAACGCCGUUUCCUCCAUUCCGGUUCUCGAUCUUCCACUUGUUGAUGAUAGAGAUGUCUACUUUGAUGUUUGGGCUCAAGGCUUUGACUACGGUGAAGUCUUUGGAGGUCUCAACGAUUUCGAUUUAGCUCCGUCGUACGAAGAGCUCUUUUUGCAGCAGAGGUCUACGGUGGUUGCUGAUGCUGAUUCCUCCGACGAUGCUUGGACUCCUGAAGAAGUAGUGUCCUGUUCAGGAGGUACAGAGCAUUCUGGCAAAAGUCCUUGUUUUUCUAAUGGUAGAGAUUCUUUUGAUUCCAUUGAUGGGAGCACCGAUUUCAACAUUUCUUAUAACAAAGCUACUGAGAUAAGCAGCGGCGAUAUAAAUAUGUCUAGCGGUGUGAUACGAGUAGCUGAUCUUGGUGCUGUUCCAUGUUACACUGCUGCAGUGGAUGAAAUGAUUUGUGCUAGUGGAACAACAAAGCUCAAGAAGGAGUCUGGGCCUUCUUUUGUUGGCAGCAGAGGUACAAGUAGAUUUGUCUUUGAAGACAAGUAUUACACUAGUGAACCUUUUGUUACUGUUUCUGAAAUUGGUUUGAAGACUCAUCCUACUGGGAUACCACCUCCUUCGAGGCCACCUCCUGUAUUAAAGAGCGGUGAAAAGGCAGAACAAGAAAGGAAAAUGAAAGAAGAACAAGAGUUAGAAUUGCGGCAAAAAGAAGCUUUGGGAAGGGAAGCACAUAACCGAAGAAUAAGAGAAGCCCGUGAGAAGGCAGAGAAUGAAAGGAAAAUGAAAGUUGCACUUGAACAAGAGAAGGAACGAAGGAUAAAAGAAGAAAAUGGGCGAAGAAUAAAAGAGGCUCUUGAGAAGGCAGAGCUGGAGCGAAUGCUGAAAGAACUUGAACAAGAAGAGAAGGAAAGGCAGAUUAAAGAGUUUCAAGAGAGAGAAGAAAAUGAGAGGAGAGCUAAAGAGGCUCUGGAGCAAGCAGAGAAGGAGAGGAAGUUGAAAGAAGCCCUUGAGCAAAAGGAGAAAGAAAGGAGGGUGAAAGAGGCACGUGAAAAAGAGGAGAACGAGAAGAGGCUGAAAGAAGCCAUGGAGCUAGAAGAGAAAGAAAAAAGGUUAAUAGAAGCUUUUGAGAGGGCAGAGAUUGAGAGAAGACUGAAAGAGGAUCUUGAACUGGAAGAGAUGAGGAUGAGGCUGGAAGAAGCCAAGGAAAGAGAAAAUCAAGAGCAUCUAGAAAAUGAAAUAAAACAACAUGAAUGUUCAGUAAAAGAAAGUGACGAGAAAGAAACAGAUGCAUGUGAAAUCAAGAAAACCUGUGAAACCAUCACAGAGGCUCAUGGAGAGCAAUUAUCGAGUGAAAGUCUUAGCGAUGCUCUAGAAGAGGAUGAAAGUAUAGACGAUCACGAAUCACCAACCAACCAACAGGAAGUAGAAGAAGGACCAAGCCAGAGAGAAUCUAUGUCUGAAGAAACGUGUCCUUGGAAGGUUUUUGAGAAGAACCUUAAAGAUGCCAGCCAAAAGGAAGGAUCCAAUGAGCUAAAUACUGGAUCCAGGUUGUUUGAGAGGGAUCAAGAGGCAUCAGAGUUGAGUGAAAAUGGAGAAUUUGGUGAGGAAUUCAGUUCUGGGAAUAUUAAAGUAGGAAAGCACGAAGAGAAGAGUAAAAAUUCUGAAACCUCUAAAGAUGCAUCAGUUCUCAAACGAGACAAUGGGUUGAAAACUGAAGUUGAAGAAAGAUCAGGAGACGAAAAUGUGAGAAAAGCAGCAUGUGUUCGUAGUGAUCAAAGGAACCAAGAGGAGAGUAAGUGUGCUACCAAAACAUCCUCUGAUUUCAGAAGCCAUGAAGAUAAAUUCACUCAUCAACAGGAGAGAGGUAUCUAUGAGGAACAAGCAGGUUUUCGAGUAUCUGCGCAACGUGAGAAAGAAAUAGAGAGACUAAAGCGAGAAAGAGGCUUUGAGAUGGAACGCUUAAGAAAGAUAGAAGAAGAAAGUGAGAGGGAAAGAGAGAGGGAGAAGGAUCGAAUGGCUUUUGACCAGAGAGCCUUGGCUGAUGCACGUGAAAGAUUGGAGAAAGCAUGCGCUGAGGCUAGAGAGAAGUCUUUGCCUGAUAAGUUAUCAAUCGAGGCAAGACUUAGAGCAGAACGAGCGGCAGUGGAGAGAGCAACCACUGAAGCUCGUGAACGUGCAGCUGAAAAGGCUGCUUUUGAGGCAAGGGAGCGAAUGGAAAGAUCUGUUUCCGAUAAGCAAUUCCAGAGUUCAGGUUCCUUUGGUGAACGAAUGGAGAGAUCAGUUUCCAAUAAGCAAUUUCAAAGUUCAGUCUCAUUUGGUGCUUCAAGAUAUCAAGAUUCUCCUGGUACUGAUGGUGAAUCGCCUCAGAGGUAUACAUCGAGAUUAGAAAGGCAUCGAAGAACAGCUGAUCGUGUGGCUAAAGCUUUAGCAGAGAAGAACAUGCGUGAUCUCGUGGCUCAGAGAGAACAAACUGAAAGAAUGAGAAUCGCUGAAACCUUGGAUGCGGAAGUAAAGAGAUGGUCAAGUGGAAAAGAAGGAAACAUAAGAGCAUUACUCUCAACAUUACAAUACAUCCUUGGUCCUGAAAGCUGUUGGCAACCAUUACCGUUAACAGAGGUAAUAACUUCAGCAGCCGUGAAGCGAGCAUAUAGGAAAGCAACACUUUGUGUUCAUCCAGACAAACUACAGCAACGAAAUGCAAACAUUCAUCAGAAAUACAAAUCUGAAAAGGUUUUCGAUCUUCUUAAGGAAGCUUGGAACAGAUUCAACUCAGAAGAAAGGUAGAAAGCCUUAUUGUUAUUGACAUUUGACCUUUGGUUUUUGAUUUUUUCUUCAUUUUUUUCUUCUGUUUUUGUAAAGUCUAUUAAGAGAUAAGUCGUGUGCUUCUUUGCGUAGGUCAAGAGUAAAUAACCUCUUUAUUUUAUUUCUAUGAUUGUUGCUAAUUUCCCUAGAUGAUGUAAUCAUUUUCUGCAAAUUUUUUUUUUUUUUUUUUUUGUAGAUUCUAAUAUAGUAAAUUUUCUUAGCAAUAUACUAUAGUUUUAUUUUUUUCCU